AUGUUCGGCCUCAUCGCCGCCGCCUACGCACUACUCUCCGACGCGGACGUUCGACGCGCUCAGCGGCGGCGGCCGGGGUCCCAGUUCGUCGCGUCGACUGUUCACGGCAUGGGCCACGUGCUCAACCGUCACCUUCGUCGCAUGAGCGAGAGGUUCGAAGAGUGCGACGCCUUCGAUGCCGAGACGCUCUGGUCACUGCGCCGCAGGUUGGCUGAGCUGGCCGACCCGGAGCUCAUCGCCAUCUACCCUCACGGUGACGGCCGCAGUCCGCGGCGUGUCAACGGCACAGCCGCACAGCGACCGGCCGACGCCACGCUUCAUGCCGUGCAGCGCGACGGCCUGUGCCACGAGGUCGUGCUAGCGCUGGUCCAUCACCUCGCCGAAGAGACUCGCGCCAGCCUGCUCGCCUCCGGGGGCGGCUCGGCCCUUCCGCUGCUGCCGACGAGGCACCAUGAGGAGCACCACGAGGAGCACCACGAGGAGGGCGGCGAGGAGGAGGGGACGGCGGCGGCGGCAGAGGGAGAGCGGUCGCGAGUCUUCUCCGAGUACCGCUCGCAGGUGUCGUGCCAGCAGUGCCAUACCGGCGCCGUCGCCGCUGCCUGGCGCGACGCGACUCUUCCGCCUCCGCUGCCGGUCGACCCCGUCCAGCCCGGCCGCGAGAGGCUCCGCUCUUGCGACUACCAGGCCAUCACGCCCAACACGAUGGACGAUAAGGAAGACUCAUUACCCGUGCGACUGCCAGGCCGAGCAGGGCCGCGCGAGCGUGAACGGAGGCACGCGCAGCCCGGUGGCGGCAGCUACGCGCCGAUGCACGCCACCCUGUACCUCGGCUGGUCGCGCGGCGCCGCGCGGCAGCGGUACGACUUUCGGUCGGGCAAGGGCGCGCGGACCGCGUCGCAGAUCUACCUGCAGAGCGGCGCGCAGCAGCGGCGCAACGAGUCUGGCGCGAUGGUGACGGUCGUGCCAGCCAAGGGCGAGUGCGUGUGCGACACCGCCAUCGCCGGCAACAUGCACAUCGACUCGUUUGCCGCCGACGCGCUCGCCCCGCUCCACAGCCCUCCCUGCAGGCGGGACGAGCUCUCCCCGAUCGACGACCCGUCGGCGCCCAACCGGACCGUCCUCGCCGACCACUGGCUCAAGUGGGCCUUCCACUUCCUCGUCGACGCCGACCCCGCCUCGCCGAGCCUCGGCCUGCCGCUCCGCCUCUACGGCCACCUCGGAGUCCGCCAGAUCUUCUCAAACUGGCGGGUCGGCGACCCCACGAAAGAGAAGCCCGACGUGUGGCGGGUCCCGGCCGGCUGCAAAGUCCUGGCCGAGGCGUGCAAGGAGUUUGUCGGGUCGACCGAGGCCGCAUUCUGACGGCGCGCGCGUCGCCAUCCAUUCUCCUCGCCACAAGCCUAGCUAGGGUGCGCUCGAGCGGCGCCCCCUCUGCUGGCCGCCAAGCCGCCCUAGCUGCGGCCUCUCCCGACUCUCUCUCCCUGGGUGUGUCCUCCACCCGCUGCACCGCGCGACGGACGAGUUCUUUGCGCGGCGUCCCUGCCCCCCAGUGAUAGCUUGAAUACUGGAUACAGAAAA